ACUACGUUACUAUUUUCGUUCCACACUAUUGGUGCUCAAUCUAUACAUUUACGCGAGUACUACAACUGAAUGAUGAUUGUGGGUGAUCUGUUUGAAUCACUAAAGUCGGCUGUAAAAACAACGGUGUUCUUCGUGCUAUUCUGCGCGCUUCUGCCUCUGUUCGUUAUCAGUUAUGCAACAGUGGCAACGAGUCGCAAAUUAUGGAUAGCGUUUUUGGCGAACCGCUACCCCUACUUAAAAUUCGCUAGGACAAACAACAUUCGCAGCCUGGUGGACACAUCGCGAAAUCCAGGUGUAUUUCACGUGCUACUGCAAGUAGAAGGCGCUUGUGACAUCCACGCGAUCAAGGCAAAGUUCAUUGAUCACGUUCUGGGUAGACGCGAUCAGACGGGACGCUUGUGUUUCUCACGAUUGAAAUUCCCGCUGAUUUCCUGCUGGGGACAGUAUGCAUUCGUCAAGAAGACCAAAGAUUUCAACAUUGAUAAUCACAUCAUACUGUCUCCCCUGCUGCAUCGUGGUCGUCCACUGACUGAGGCUAAUCUGCAGGAGUAUGUGAGCGAGAUCAUUUCCAAAUAUAUGCCGCCGGACAUUUCGCCAUGGCAAAUUUUCUGUAUUCCUAUGUUCUCCAGCAGCCCUGCAAGCGGAUCUGCGGAGUGUGAUAGUAACGCUCCCUAUUACUAUCUCUUGUAUAGAAUUCACCAUUUGCUGUUGGAAGAGCAAGAUAAGCUGAGAAUCUCGGACUUGCUGUUGAUAGACAACCAGAGCGACGUACGAGAGUAUGAUGGAGCGAUUUCUGACUGCGGUUCGAUAUUUACUAAUUUGGUGGAGAAGCCUCGUUGCAUUCCACGGAUAUGGGGAGAUCUCUGUGUGACAAUCAGCAAUAGAUGGAACGAGUUUGUGUAUCAACACGAUCCGUUGGAAUCACCGGAUAUUGAGAGAAAACACAUUGCUGGAAUUCAGCAGCUCUUUUCUGUUAUUCUAAUUGGAGCAGUCGCAGUUGUAUCGGAUUUUUCGAAGGGAUUUUGGAAAGUUUCUGAAAGUCCAUUGAUGAAAAUCGAUUUCCUGAAGUCUUUGAUUGACCGUGAAAUUCAGCGAAGAAAUUUAAACCUGGGAACAAUUUGGAAUGCUAUCACUGCUUCUUUCGACCCUAUUAAUGUCAUCAAAGAGUGUAUAUUUAUUUCCUGGAAAAUUGGAGCUACACUGACGCUGAUGGUACCAUGGUAUGUGUUCAGGGAAAUGGAGGCCGUUAGAAUAUAUAUUCUGUUGAAGAAAGCCAAAAGAAACACCGUCGUUGGUUUUUUGCUUGAAUAUGUGCCUAUUCUCUAUGGUGCGGUGCUGGAAUACUGGAAAGGUGUUAAGCUAUUGUACACAGCUCCUAAAUUGGUUUACGAGGAAAUUUUCGAGCAUAAGCCCAAUACGGGACAUUUCUUGCAGAAUGUAAGUCUAUGUGGGAGAAAAGUAGUUUCAUGGUCCGAGAGUAUUAAAACUAGUGAGUUAAAAAUCAAUUCGACAGAAACAACAACGAGAAAAACAGGAUCAAAUCAUGCAAAGUAUAACUGCAAAUCACCCACUCAAAUUGAGAUUCUCUUGGCAAUUAUGUCGAACUCUUUACGUGCACUGUGUAAAGACGGUGACGGUAAAGUACCUUCCCAGAUUCAAAUCAGUGGACGAUGUAUGUUAGAGGACUAUUUGUUUGGAAGCACCAACUACUGGACUGGAAAUAGUGGCUUCGUAUCACUUAACCUUCCGAUCGCUUCUGGGCAGGAUCAAAAACAACUUUUUCGAUCAAUUCGAUCGUCAAUUACUCAAAUACAUCGCCAGCAAGUCAUGCUAAAUUUUCUAACUGUUGCUCAACUGAGGCAUGACUUCCUGACGGAUGCACUUCCGGUGGUCGUGAUGAAAUUGCUCAUGAAUUACCUCUCGAGACGGUUUGCCAUAACGGUGACGGAGGUUAUCGACAGUGGGGCAAUCCGGGAAAACAAGAAUCUCUUAGGGCACAUAAUCAGAGACAUUAUCUAUUUUAGACCACCUCAAUCGAACACGAGCGUUUCCAUCACAAUUCAAACAUUUAAUGGAGAGGUACGGUUGGCAUGUAUGGCCGACUCUAAUAUAAGCCCCAAUCAUUUGGCUUUAACAACGAAUUUUCGAAAACAUUUUUUUGCUCUAAAAGACCAAUGAUAUUCGUUUGAAUAAUAAAUGUAUUGUUGAUUAA